CCAGAAUUUCGAUGUGUAAUUUGCACUAGUGUUACGCUUCGCGACAACCAAGACCCAAUUGGCGCUGUGUGCGUGAGCAAUUGCGCGUACUUUAACAAUCAAGCGAUACCGGCUUGGUCCUUAGAGUUUGAAUUUAGUUGUCUGUGCGAUCACAAAGGCUCAGCCAGGUAUUAUCAAAAGUGAAAGUUAUGCUUUUCCCAGGGGAACCACUUAUAUUAGAAUAACAAAGAAAAUUAUUCAACUCAAUGAAAUGAAGCAAAACGCGCAAAAUCACUUAAUAACCAUAAUAUGUUGUGGAAUAUUAUUUAGCACCGGCUGCUUGAGAAAGCUUGAUUUCACGCGAUCUGUAACGGUAAGUUUCAGUCUCAAACGAACCUAGCUGUAAAAACGUACAGUUACAUUUUUAUAACAUACUUUCACAACUUCUUUAAAAGCUCUCAUUAGGGCAAGGGUUGCUGAGCAUUUGCUAAGAUUUCUGUUCGGCGCAAAGGCUGGCCGUCGUGUCGAUCGGUCAGUACUCAUAGAUCCUGUCGUUGUAGAUUGGAAUGCGUGGUCUCGUACUCAGCGGAAAGAACUACUUUGGGAAAGUUAGCAUGAUAAACUAUAAAAACUUCCUCUUAGAUUGCAAAUUAAAGCUAAGAUCACAACAACCCUCGCCAAUCUGGGCUUUAUGCUUUAUUUACCAAAUAGAAAACGCGCUCGUACACGCACAUUCAUCGACUUGAAAAUUUGUGUUCAUCCUAAAAAACUUUUUCCACUAUAUUUUGCCACUUGAACUUCAACUUCCGCCAAGAACAUGAUUUGAUCCUAUAAUUAUGACUAUAAUGUCAUACCUAAAAACACUGGUCGUAAGGCAGUACUCGAAAACUUAAUAUAUAUACUGAUUAGGUCUUACACGUACGAAAAAGAUGCCCCCAAGCCUUGUCAACUUUAUUUGCAUUUUCCUAAAAAAUUUGCGUGGGUUUGACAGACUUGUUUUUGUUUUAAGUAUUUCUUAUUUGUCAAGAACGAAGCGGCGCAAAUUUUGCACAUAAACGAACUAUUUGAAUAAAUAGCACACGCUUAAUCCUGAAGCUUAUGACACCGCAAUCAGGCACUAGCUGUAUUGAAAACAAAAGCAGAGAGAUUUCUAUCUGGUGUUAAAUGUAAAACAACAGGCGGGAUUUGUGUGCGUUCGCGGACUGCAGGGAAUUUCGCGCUCCCCGGAUAACCAUAACGCGAUUGUAAUCUGCCAGAAAUAUCACGUUAUGAGUUAAACUUUACGAUUACCUCUACAAUUGUGAUAGUUCUUUGUUCACAUGCAAUGUUACAGAAACAUGCAAGCAGUUAACGGGCUGUCGACGUUUACGAGGAUGUAUUUGUCAGUGUUGCUGCUCUUGGCCUCUUCGAGAUUGUAAGUAGUUGAGACAGCUUCCGCUUCACUACUGAGGAUGAUGAAAUAUCGAUCUAUACCGAGUCGUUUGUGAAGAGGAUGUAGUAACGAAAUUCUUUACUGACUAUGACAAAGCAGUACGCCCUGAUUUUGAUCAGGGGAAGCCUACAAUCAUUAUGGCAGACAUAUAUGUGGAGUCCUUUGGAAACAUCGAAGAAGCAAAUAUGGAAUAUAAAGCCUACACUUACUUUCGCCAAAGAUGGACGGAUUCACGUCUUGCUGGAAAGCUCAACCGCACCCUCACCAUAAAAGGAGGUGAAAUCGAGAACAUCUGGGUCCCAGAUCCCUACUGUUACAACGCGCGGGAAUCUAACAUGAUGAUGCCAGACGAAGAAGUCCAUAGUUCUGUCAGCAUCAAAUCUACUGGAGACGUACUCUACAGCAAAGGGGUAACUCUGCUCGCUUCAUGCAUCAUGAAUCUUCGGAGCUUUCCACAUGAUUCACAGGAAUGCCAUCUCAAGUUUGGAAGUUAUAGUUACACCACCGAGGACAUCGUAUUUAAAUGGAACGCUACAGAUGUCAGUGUAGGAACAGACGAAAUGGCUCAGUUUGAGUACAAAGGCGCAAAGUUGUCUUCAGAUGAAGACGUCUUCACCAUAGGAAACUUCUCAACCAUUACCGUAACCUUUUCCUUCCAAAGACGAAUAGGUUAUUACCUCAUUCAAGUCUACUUUCCAGACAUCUUUGUCGUGGCGCUAAGCUGGAUAGUUUUCUGGAUGGAUAAAGAUGACAUGGGCAACAGAAUGGCGCUGGGAAUCACCACCAUCUUAACCAUUAUGUUUCUUCUCGGUUCUCUGAAUGGAACUCUCCCAAAGGUCAGCUACCCAAAAGCGCUGGACUGGUACCUGUUGAUGUCAUUUGCGUUCGUGUUUCUCUCGCUAGUGGAAUGUAUGAUCGUGUUUUGUUUGAAUUUAAGCGCCAAUGGGGACAAGGAACAAAUCAAAUGCAAGGUCAACCAGAUCCCCAUCUCCAAAAAGAUUUCCCAGUCUUUAAAAUCUGUUAUUAGUACCAACAAGGAAGGACACUCUCCAAAAGCAAACGGCCAUGUCGUUACGAACACGAACUUCGAAGAUGAUGAUCUUGAAAUGGUGGAACAAGCCAGCAAAGCAAACAAAUCAGUCGUGGAUGAUGCGGCGAUUGAAGAGUUCAUUGGAACGAGCAAAAAAGAAAUGGCAGCUGAAUACACAGACAAGGCAUCACAAGUUUUAUUUCCCUUGUCGUUCGUCGUUUUCAACGUUGUAUACUGGAUUUAUUUUAGCGUUGCUGGCUGAAAAUUGCUUAUGGUUGCGAGUACCAGUCUGCUCCAUAUUCAGUGGAUUAGUUCAUAAUCUGUGACAUUUGAUUUCCGCAAAGAGUUACGAGUUUUAUUUCCUUUGUUAUUCAUCGUUUUCAACGUUGCAUACUGGGUUUAUUUCACAGUUACUGGCUAGAAAUUGCUUUCAGUUGCAUGUGCCAGAGCGCGAAACUUACAUAUUAAGGUGACAAGACCAAAAUGUGGCCCAGAGUAGCCUGAAUUUGGUACGAGAAUAUACUCAGAUAUUUGUCCCUGGACACUAUCUGUUCCUCUAAGCUCACAGUUUUCCUCGAGGCGUUCUCGGAACAGAUCAUGUCUGCGGACAAAUAUCCGAGCAUACUGUCGUACUAAAUGGAGGUUAUUUUCUAUUGAUUUCCGCAACAUUUAGAAAAGAAACGAAUUUUUGAGUGAGAGAUUGGAUAGUCAUAAGGUAGCAAAGAGCCCAUGGUUCAUAAGAUUGUCACAUUUUUUUUCCGAAGCUGCAACAAUUUGAUUACGAGUUUUAAUAAAAUUU